AUGGAUCUACUGCAAACAUCGGCUGUCGACAGCUGGGAGCAUCCCCCCUCAAUAGACGAGCAACAGGAAGAGCCUGCUGAGGAGCGUCCACGGAAGAAACGCCGCAAGUAUAUUGCUCGUGCUUGCAAUGAAUGCAAGCGCCGCAAAAUCAAAUGUAAUGGCCAAGCGCCCUGCCAUCGAUGUGGUCGACAGCACAUCGAAUGUGUCUACCUGGAGAAUCCUCGACGCGAAAGCUUCGGGGAAAACGAGCAUUUUGAGCGACUCUUUGACCAGAUGAAAUCCAUGCAAGAUCAAAUUAGCUCGUUAUCGGCGACGGUGCGGUCAAUGGCCCACGGCGAGAGCCCGUCCAUUGGCGGGACUCGUUCCAGUGUGGUCGGGCCAGCGACGGGGUCGUAUGGACUCCUACCAACUCAGCGUCCCUUGCGACGCGUCUCGACCGUCAGAGAGGCUCCCUUUCAAGGCCCAACCACCUCGGGAUUCAGUUUCGAUCUUGCCAAGUCUAGCUUGCUUCAACGGGGUAUUGUGGAGCGAAAUGAUCCCGGCGAAGAAGCCGAGGGGGAUUUGACUCAGGAGCCCUCGCCUUUGGCUUCACCGUCUGCCCCGAAUAGGGACUCGGAGCUGCGUCAUGCAGUGGAUCCGCUUUGGGCGCUGCCAAAGAAUGAAGCUCUGCGAUUGUGUCAAGUCUACGAAGAGGAAAUGGGGAUCAUGUAUCCGGUGCUGGAACUCUCGGAGCUUCUGGAACAGGUGCAUCUCCUCUAUGGCUUGAUGGAUCGUACUGUCGAUCCCGGUGUACAGACAAACGGCAAAAAUGUACUGGACCGAGAAGAUGUCUAUAUCCUUCGAUUGGUGUUUGCGUGCGCGUUGACGGCCGAGGCCAGUGGCCGCAGUGAACAAGCCAUUGCCCUGUUUGACAGCGUGCGAGAGGUCCAGGACAAUUGCGUGUGGGGUCCACCAGAGAUAAAAUCAAUCAUUUUUUUGACCCUUGUGUCCAUAUUUUACUUCCAAAUGGACGAAGAAACCCUCGCAUGGCGAACGAUUGGAAUUGUGGAGCGCAUGUGUCUAGAGAAAGGCCUCCACAGACGAGAAACCCUUAACCAACCCGGAAUUGUGGCUGCAGGCAGAGAUCGAGUCUUGCGACUAUUCUGGUCGAUUUACAUUCUCGACAUGCGCUGGAGUUUUGGCACCGGCAUGCCAUUCGCCCUGGAAGACACGGAUAUUGACCCGUGGCUCCCAGAACCUGAAGAAAAGACACCAUAUCUUCGCGUGAUGAUUAGAUACAGUCGGAUCGCUGCAAAGGUCUGGAAGUUCAUUUCUGCCUUCAAUAAUACGAACGAGAUCAAAAAGGAAGAAAUGAAUUAUUUGGACUGGCAGGUACUGCGAUGGGCCCACGCGAUCCCCGACUCCUUGCGACUGGAUCACCCAAGCACACCCGAGUCUCAGGCUGCAGCCGAUGGCCCUCGCAGUUUACGCAGACUACGAGCAUUGCUCUAUCUGCGGGCCAAUCAACUGCGUAUGCUGAUCUAUCGUCCCGUCCUGCACACAGCAGGUCAUAUCGUCCGAUACCCUAGCGAAUCAGAGGUGGUGGUUGAAAUCGCAAAAGAUACGAUCCGAUUCAUCACCCGACUAAAUGAGACUUCGGAUAUCUACCAGCUCCAGCAGGUGGCCUUUAAUUGGUUCUUGGUAUCGGCUUUGGCGGUCUUAUUCCUUGCGGUUGCACAGGCACCGACUCAGUUUAGUGGGUCAUGCAAAGAAGAAUUCUACUGGGCUUUGGAGCUCGUGAAGGGUUUCUCGACAAAGUCUUACAUCUCUCGCCGUCUGUGGAAGUCUAUUCGAAGCCUUCGGAGACUCGGCCCUCAAUUGGGGCUGGUCGGUGCUCAGAAGCUUCGACGAGGAAAUCCAGUCGCCGUCGAACCUGGUCCUCCCGGUCCACCUCAAUUACAAGAAUCACCUGUUCCAGUUGCGGGCUCUAGUAGCCAGAGCCAGACUCCUCUGGAUGGAGCGCAGAUGACACACGAGCUGAUGGAGUGGUUUGAAGCAGUGGGAAAUCUCGAGGAUCAGAUUAUGGGAGUUGGCCCUGGUCCGAUGCCGGAUGAUGCUCCGUGGCAGCAGAUGCCAAAUGGAGCAUUUAUGUUCGAUUACGGAGAGGAAUUGUCCAGCGUGAUGAAGGAUUGUUUCUAA